UUCUUCCCAUAUACCUUUUUCACAUGCGCAGACACAUGCUUCCUUUCUCUCUGUCUCUUUCCACUGAAAAAAUCUGAGUGAAAAUAUGGCAGAGAACUAAGAGAGUAACUCAAGAACCAAUGAGGAAGAACAAUAUGAAGUUGAGAAUCUUGGUUUUCUUCUUCUGCUCUUGCAUUGGUUUUCACUCUUUUGGUUCUGCUGCUUUGAAUGAAGAAGCAUCAGCUCUGCUAUCGAUAAAAAGGGCCCUUUUGGAUCCCUUAAAUAAGCUUCAAGAUUGGAAAUUGUCCAACACUACAACUCACUGUAACUGGACUGGAGUGUGGUGCGAUCCUCAUGGAGCUGUUGAAACUCUUGAUCUCUCCCACAUGAAUCUCAGUGGCCGUAUAUCAGAUGAUAUGCAACAGCUACGAAGCCUGUCUUCUCUCAACUUGUGCUGCAAUGGGUUCUCUUCAUUUUUGACAAAAGCUAUUUCCAAUCUCACUUCGCUGAUAAGCAUUGAUGUGAGCCAGAACUUAUUUGUUGGUAGCUUUCCGAUUGGGCUUGGAAGAGCAGCUGGUCUUAGUUUGCUAAAUGCUUCGAGCAACAACUUCUCAGGAUUUAUUCCUGAGGAUAUUGGCAAUGCAACUUUGCUGGAGACACUUGAUCUCAGAGGGAGUUUCUUUGAAGGCUCCAUUCCAAAAUCUUUCAAGAAUUUGCAGAAGUUAAAGUUUCUUGGACUUUCUGGGAACAAUCUCACCGGCGAAAUACCAGCAGAGCUGGGUCAGCUUUCAUCACUUGAGACAAUAAUAAUUGGAUACAAUGCUUUUGAAGGUGGGAUUCCAGCAGAGUUUGGAAAUCUCACCAAUCUGAAGUAUCUUGAUUUGGCUGUUGGCAAUCUAGGCGAUGAGAUUCCAGCUGGAUUGGGGAGGCUUAAGGAACUUGAGACGGUGUUCUUUUAUCAGAACAAUUUGCAAGGCAAGAUUCCUGAUGCAAUUGGCAACAUGACUUCUCUGCAACUUCUGGAUCUCUCUGAUAACAUGUUAUCAGGAGAAAUUCCAGCUGCGAUUGCUGAGUUGAAAAAUUUAAAGCUCUUGAAUCUGAUGUGCAACCAGCUGUCAGGAGCUGUUCCUGCUGGACUUGGAGGGUUGAAUCAAUUACAGGUGCUUGAGCUGUGGAACAAUUCACUUGCAGGUCCCUUGCCUAUUAAUCUAGGCAAGAAUUCAGCAUUGCAGUGGUUGGACGUAUCAUCCAAUUCAUUCUCUGGUGAGAUUCCAGCAGGCUUGUGCAGUGGUGGUAAUCUCACCAAGCUCAUUCUUUUCAACAAUGCCUUCUCAGGUCCAAUUCCCCCAAGCUUAUCAACAUGUCUUUCACUUGUUCGUGUUCGUAUGCAGAACAAUUUUCUUUCUGGGACAAUUCCAGUUGGGCUUGGUAAACUUGCGAAGCUUCAAAGGUUAGAGUUGGCAAAUAAUAGCCUGACAGGUCAAAUCCCAAAUGAUCUUGCUGCUUCUUCAUCACUUUCUUUAAUUGAUCUCUCUAGAAACCACCUCAGUUCUUCUCUACCUUCCACAAUUCUUGCAAUUCCAAAUCUGCAAACUUUUAUGGCCUCAUUUAAUAACUUAGAUGGUGAAAUCCCAGAUCAGUUCCAGGACUGUCCUUCACUUUCUGUGCUUGAACUCUCGUCAAACCAUUUCUCAGGAACCAUUCCAGCUAGCAUUGCUUCAUGUCAGAAAUUGGUAAAUUUGAAUCUAAAGAACAAUCAGUUGACUGGAGAAAUCCCAAAAGCAAUUGCAAUUAUGCCCUCAUUGGCAAUUCUUGAUCUGUCAAACAACUCUUUAACAGGUGGAAUACCUGAAAAUUUUGGCACCUCCCCUACCUUAGAAGUUCUAAAUGUUUCAUACAACAGGCUAGAAGGUCCAGUUCCUGAAAUUGGUGUUUUAAAAACAAUCAAUCCAGAUGAUCUUAUAGGCAAUUUAGGUCUCUGUGGCGGUGUCCUGCCUCCAUGCAGCCACAAUUUACUUACUGAAUCACAGCAGAAGGGCUUGCACACAAAGCGGAUUGUUGCCGGAUGGAUAUUUGGAAUUUCAUCAGUUUUUGCCAUUAUAAUUGCGCUCAUUGGUGCACGAUCUCUUUACAAAAGAUGUUAUUCGAAUGGAAGUUGCUUCGAAGAAAGUUUCGAAAUGGGCAAAGGAGAGUGGCCAUGGAGAUUGAUGGCAUUCCAGAGGCUAGGUUUCACCAGCAUGGACAUUCUAGCGUGUCUUAAGGAAUCCAAUGUGAUUGGAAUGGAAGCAACUGGGACUGUUUACAAGGCUGAGAUGCCUCGGUUAAACACAGUUGUUGCAGUUAAGAAGUUAUGGAGAUCAGGAACAGACAUUCAAACAGGAAGCAGUGAUGAUUUUGUUGGAGAGGUCAAUCUCCUGGGGAAAUUAAGGCAUCGAAAUAUUGUUCGGCUUUUAGGCUUUCUUCAUAAUGAUACUGACAUCAUGAUAGUAUACGAGUACAUGCCCAAUGGCAAUCUUGGAGAAGCCUUGCAUGGUAAACAAGCAGAGAGAAUGCUGGUGGAUUGGGUUUCUAGAUAUAAUAUAGCAGUUGGGAUUGCACAGGGACUUGCUUAUCUGCAUCAUGAUUGUCACCCCCCAAUAAUUCAUCGUGACAUUAAGUCGAAUAACAUACUGCUUGAUGCAAAUCUUGAGGCAAGAAUUGCCGAUUUUGGAUUGGCAAGAAUGAUGAUUCGGAAGAAUGAGACAGUUUCCAUGGUGGCCGGAUCCUAUGGAUACAUCGCUCCAGAAUAUGGAUACACCUUGAAGGUAGAUCAAAAGAUUGACAUUUACAGCUAUGGAGUAGUUCUGCUAGAACUUCUCACUGGAAAUCGACCAUUAGAUCCUGAAUUUGGAGAAUCUGUCGACAUUGUUGAAUGGAUUCGUAAAAAGAUUAUGGAUAACAGACCUUUAGAAGAAGCACUAGACAAAAACGUAGGCAAUUGCAAUCAUGUUCGAGAAGAGAUGCUGUUAGUUCUUAGGAUAGCACUUCUCUGUACUGCUAAGCUCCCCAAGGAAAGACCAUCCAUGAGGGAUGUGAUCACAAUGCUCGGCGAGGCAAAGCCAAGGAGAAAAAGUAGUGGUAACAGCAGUGAAUACAACAGGAAAAAAGACAAGCCUGUCUUUAGCACAUCACCUGUAAAUGGCCUUGUAUAGGGGCAUAAAAUUAAAUAGUUCCCUGAGCCAUUAUUGUUAUUAUUUUUUUUAAUUUCUCUUUUGUAUGUAGUAUUGGUUUAUGUUUGUAUUCAGUUGUUCCAAGUGUUGCCCAGAAAAUUAGCGGGUACAUGCAAUUUGAUUCUCCAAGCAAAUAAAAUGCUCUUUCUUGUUUGGUAA